CCGAGUAAGCUUUCCGCUUCAUUGCACUAUUUGGAAUCUAAACAACAAUAGCCCUUCAACAACUACAGCCGAUAUUCAAGACCGCUACUGCAAACGUUGGGUUAAUAUCAAGAAUACUCCUGCAUCAGUGGAGUCAUAUGAUGAUAGGCGUGUUGCCCAAGAGUGGUCAAUACCCGGAAGAGAGGCAACGAUAUCACGACCGGAAAACCAUUCUAACACUACCAUGGAACCUGCACAGAGAGACACUUCGAGCCCCCGUCCGCUUGUAUCUUCGUCUUCGCCCGAAAACCCCCCUCAGAAUUCCUCUACGCCUUUACAACAACAUAUCGUUGGACCCGCCGAUCUGAAGGUACCGCCAAAGCCAUUACCAUCACCACUGUCUUGCGAUCUCCAUCCUUCAACACCAUUGAGUCUAAAAUCUUACAAACGCGCACGAAGAAAUAGCUUUGACAGCAAUAGUAGCACGUCCGCUUCGGCUUCCGUCAGUCCAGGCAGCUACACAAACUUCUCCCGCCCUCACUUGCAAAAAUUCGAAAUGCAACUGCGAGAUUCAGGUUUCUACUCCUCCAGCAGUGCUAGUGAUACGACUUCGCUUAUCUCCCGCAUGAGUCGCCUGUCCAUCGAAGUUAAGCUGUGCGUGAUGGACCAUACACUGAUGGACUCAGGCAAAACAUGCCCAAUAUGUCGAUAUCCAGAGCCCAGGCCCAAGCCUCUUGUGUAUGUGGCACCAGAGUAUGCAGCACCGCAGCGUGCAGACGUCAUCGAUGCAGAUGAGAUGGAUAAUGGAAUAAUGACACAGAAUGCAAACGCAAGGACCGGAUAAUGAUGACACGUUGAAUGAAGUUUCGUUUUUGGAUAAAUACCCCUUGGCUCCUUUAGAAUUGUUUUCGUCACUUUCAAUUUCAAUGUGUAG